GUACUUUACGUAGACAAUCCUGUAGGUACUGGUUUCAGUUACACCGACGGAGGUUUUACGAGCUAUUUCCGGAACUCCGGGAUACGGAUUUAUUCAUUGCCGGAGAAUCAUAUGCCGGCAAAUUUGUGCCCGCCAUUGCGUACCAUAUCCACCAGAACAAUAAAAUGUCUAACAUAAUAAACUUGAAAGGCUUGGCAAUUGGCGAUGGCUUGAGCGAUCCUAAAACCCAGCUAGUCUAUAGCGAUCAGCUUUACCAUUUCGGUCUGGUGGACGAAAAUGGACGAGAAAUCAUAAAAGAAUAUGAACGGAGGUAUUUGGACGCUAUAGAAAACGAAGAUUUCGUUACUGCAUUCAUGUUUUUUGCUGAAUUAAUGUUCGGUACUGCUUCUGGUAGUGCAGUAUUUCAAACAAUAACAGGGUAUUCGUCUUGGUACAAUUUACUUCAGCAAACCAUCUCAAUAAAUUUCACAAACAUUAAUUUGUUCCUACAAGAUGAAGUCGUAAGAGAAGCCAUCCACGUGGGCAACAACACCUUCAACGCUUUUAAUAUAGAAGUGCUCGAACAUUUUGCAUCCGAUUUCAUGCAAAGUGUUUCGGAUUUAGUGGAAGAGCUACUAGAAGAAUAUCCAGUUUUAAUUUACUCGGGGCACUUGGAUAUUAUAGUGCCUUAUCCUCAAACCGUAAAAUACCUUUCGAGUUUAAACUUCACAGGAGCUGAAGAAUACUCAAAUGCGGAAAGGAAAAUGCUAAUGUGUGACGAUAACUUGGCUGCGUACGUCAAAAGGGGAGGGAAUUUAACAGAGGUAAUGGUACUAAAUGCAGGACAUUAUGUGCUCCUUGAUCAGCCGAGGGCAAAAGGGAAAACGAACACUUUCCGUCGGGAAACGAGUUUACCGAUGGGUUAA